GCCUGUAGUGUUGGACGGGGGAGGCGCUUCUCAGCUCUUUAAGCGUAUGUUUUCCCAAUAGAAAAUUUCCUGUUGUCAAACGCACCAUAGAUACGCGCGCGCGCUCAUCUCCAUCACGGGGAAGCGCGUGGAGUUGUCAGAUUUUUACGGAAUAUUCCCGAAUAUCAGCUUGUUUGCGUUGAGACGGAGACAAAUUGUGCCGUCAAGUUAGUGUGUAACCCGCGUAUUAUUUGAGAGGACAAUAUCUUGUGUGUGAGGUGCACCCAAUGCUGUGCAUGACAUCAUCACUCCCUUUGAGAUGACCAAGGAGAACUGAAAGACACCCUGGCGCCACCUCAAGGUUUCUACUUCUCUGUCUCCUGCCUCCGCUCCUCUAUGGGUUCCCGAAGUCAGGGAUUCUUCCACCACCAAGACCACCAUCACCACCAUCAUAACCCCCACCACCAUCACCACCACCGAAGUUCAGUGGUGCCCACCACCAUCCCCCGCCUGCUGCCUGAAACCACCAGCCUACUAGGAGGCAUCGCCCAAAUCACUCCCUCUCUGUUUCUGGGACGGGGGAAUGUGGCAUCCAAUCGAAGCCUCCUCCUGUCCAAAGGAAUUACCUGCGUGGUGAACGCCACCAUCGAGCUGCCCAAUUUCAAUUGGCCCCACAUGGAGUAUGUGAAAGUGCCGCUCGCCGACAUGCCUCACUCCCCGAUCUCGCUUUAUUUCGACAGUGUGGCGGAUAAGAUCCACAGUGUGGGCCGCAAACGGGGAGCUGUGCUGGUGCACUGUGCCGCCGGCGUGAGCCGCUCCGCCUCGCUCUGUUUGGCCUACCUCAUGAAGUACCACAGAGUUUCCCUGGCCGAGGCCCACGCCUGGGUCAAAGCCCGCCGACCCGUCAUUCGCCCUAAUGGUGGGUUCUGGCGACAGCUGAUUGAAUACGAGAGGAAACUAUUUGGCAGGAACUCUGUGAAAAUGAUCCAGACGCCAUACGGGGUCAUUCCCGAUGUGUAUGAGAGGGACCGCAGGAACUUGGCACCUUACUGGGGCUUGUGAACAGGGCUUUGGUUCAAUUGUAGAGGACUGGUCUUAUCUGUCUUCCUGCCUCUUUCUGUACAUCCACGUGUCCCUCCUGCCAGAGAAUGAAGCAAGAUGUCGAUUUUUAGGAGGGAAGAGUCUGGAUUCUGGAGUGAAUGCUGAAAUUAGUCUUGCCGAUGAUGAUAAUGGUUUUAGGAGCACUUUGAGAAGCAAGCAAUGGAGCUGAAGAUCAGGAAUUCUGUCCUUCUUUGAGACUUGGCAGUGGUAAUGUUUGUUUCAGUUUGGUUGUCGUCUUUGUCCAGAGGCAGCCAUCUGAUGAUGACCAUUGGUAGCAUUUGAAAAUUAUAUUAUAUAAUUCUAUAAAGAUGUACUUAAACUUAUGCAGAAAAAAGAAAAGAAGUUGCAUACUGUUGCGCAAGAGAAAGAAACUACAAGUUUAACAGAUUUUUAUCGUGCUAUUUGUGCAUAUUACAGUAAAAGAACAUUUAUUGAAGGAUAGCGUUGGGAUUUUGUAACAGUGCUUAUAUUUAACAGACGCAUUUUAGAAAAUCUUGGGCUGUUUCACAAGCAGAUUCAUAAAUACGGCAGUCAUGGUCAAGUACUUUUUUUCAAUGAAUUAUAUUUUGUCUAUUUGCAAUUCUACUGGGUUUUUAAUUUUCCUCUGGAGAUUUUUGUUUUCAAAGGUUUGCUCCAGUGAAGCAGUAAUUAUAACCGGAGGACAUCUGUCAGAGGACUCCUAGCAAAGCUUUUACUAAUUUGUAUUAAAAAUAACUAAAUUCAUGUAAAAGAGUUGAGAUUUAAUUAGUGUGUGAAAAUGAAUAAAAGGUGAAACAUU